AAUCAGACGAAGAUCCGAAUCUUCAUUAGACGGUUGUUCAGAGUCGUUGGUCGCGGUGGUCUCUUCUUACCGAAAAUUAAAACUUGUAUCUCUGAGUUUUCUAUUCUUAGCUCUCCAAUAACUAUACUUAUACCCCAUUGAACGUACAAAAUAAAAAAAAAACUAAAUUGUGGAGCUCUCUUAGAGACAAGUUUUGCCAAACUGCAAUCAGGCCCCAAAUAGAAAACCAAAACGAAACGAUACCCAACUUGGCUAAAACCAUAACCAACGCCACAAACCACACAACAUGUCCAGCAACGAGUUGAGCGAAUUAAUCGCCAUGGGCUGUCCCGACCUUGAUACCACAAACAACGGCUUACCCACCAACUCCCACAUAGUCGAUGAGAGACGUCGCCUGAGUGUGAAACAAAUGACGGCUACCGAAUUGGCUGCAGCACGGGCAGCUGCUGCCAUUGAUAUAAAAAAUGCUCUGGCCAAAUCCGGCCAGAUAUCAAGUGCCCCCGGCAGCAGUAACUCAUCGCUAACGAAAAAUAACAGCGUUUCAAGUUUCCGUAGUGAGCCGCCACAGGCACCCAGCAGCAUGUCGCUGUCGGCCGCCAGCAGUGAGGGCAGCUUAAGCAAUGGUGAACAAUCUGCUGCUUUGCGUAGAAGGGCCGCCGCCAAAGAAACGCAUGCCCCCAUCAUAAAUUCCCCUUCGGCUUCUUCGUCUGCCUCUUCUUCGGGCUCCCCAAGUCCCCAGCACCAUGAUGAUGAACAUCAUUUGGAUGGUAAACAAAGGAUAUUGCCCACCACUCCAGCUCCCAGGGAGCGUAUUAUCUCCUUGCCCAGUGUUUUAGAUGAUGGCAUGGAGGAUCAUUUUUUGUCGCUAAGCUCUUCGGCUCCCAAACCAGAUACUGGCUCCAAGUUGUUGGAGGUAAAGGAAAAUUCUAAAAAUUUCAUAUCCUUGGAUCAUUCAGACGAAAAUUUAAACUCUCCCUAUUUUAAGAAUCCCACCAAGAACUCUGAUAUCUCGCUCUCAAACAUCGAAUCAGAUCGUUUUAAAAAUAAAAGACCUUCAAUUUUGGAUUCCAUAGAGCUGUUGAGGAAACAGCGAAGAGAUCGUAACGAAAAUCGAGAAAAACGUUCAGAAUCCCAGGGAGAUGAUGAGCGCUUGCAGCAUCAUCAUGAGCGUAGUGCUGCGCCCGAUCGUCUGAACUCCUCCAGCAAUGAUCCCAGUCGACGCAAUAGCAAUGCCAGCAUCAUCAGCGAUGUGUCAGUCUCGGCGACAGUGGCCCUGCCACCUACUCCACCCCUUACCCCAUUUCCCUUGGCCAAGACAUCAUCGGCUCCCAAUAUGGAGAGACGUAAGAGCAGUUUGAGCGCCUUAUUCCCUGGACCCUCUCCCUUGGUGGCACCUGAGCCUGUGCUACAUGCUGAUCCCAAGGUUUUGGAAACCUUGCAUAAGGAUGAAAUUAAAACCAUUGUGGAUGAGACCAUGAGAAGGGAAAUACCCACUGGCAAGUUGGUGCAUCGCACCAAAACUCCUCCUCCGGCGGGUGUUAGUCUUGGCGUUACCCUCAAGAAGGUCACCCCGCCACGCACCCAAAUCACAGUGAAGAAAAACGAGGGCCCCAUGUUGGGUGUGGUCUUGCGCAAAGUGGAACGUAAAACUGAACCCCAAAAAAGUAUUUUGGAUGAUGACAAACCUCUAUACCAUCUCUCCAUAGUACGCAGUGAUGGCAAAGAUCAUAAACCAUCGGCUGCGGCCACAACAGCUAAACCCAAGCCCAAACCGGUGCCUUUGCAAAAAUCUGCCACUGUGGCGAGUAAACCAAAUCCCGGUGGCAUUCUCACUGGUCCUCAGGGACCCCGCCCCGCCCCAGCUGCUGCGGUACAAGUGCCCGCCAAACCUCAGCGACCCAUGCCUGGUGUGCCCAUAACCAUACAGAAGAUCGAAGGUGAUAAAAUUAUUAUUAUCAAGAAGAUCAUUGUGCCCAAGAACUCGAAAAUACCCGAGCAAUAUCUUAAGGUUGGUGCUACAACAGCAGAUGGCAUAAAAUCUUCACCGAAAUCAAUAACGAAAAAAAUUAAACAAUCACCCUCAAAGUCGGCAGAGAAAGCCCCAACACAGCCUCAAUUAUUGGCAGGUAAUGAAAAGGUCGCCGAAGGCCCACAACAAGAAGCAAUGCAUAAAUCGCAGACAUAUCAAAUGAUGUCGCCACAAAUGGCCACAGUGAUGUCCUCCAGCAAGGCGGAAACCAAAUCCGGCCUAAGGUCACCCAUAUCAUCGCCAUUGACUUCACGCAAAAAUCGAGGUCUGCCACCGGUUAGUCCCAAAUCGACACCACCUUCGGCGCGAAAACAUUACCCCUUGGCGUACAAUGCCUCAACGGGCACCAUAUCGUCGCCUAUAACUAUACCGGCAGUGCCUCCCAGAAUGAUGGCUGCCAUAGCCUCAAGUCCAGCCUCUAGUCUAUCGUUGUCCUCCUCGACUUCGUCUCCCUCCUCAUCGCCACCACCACCACCUUUGCCCGUAAGGGCUCCCAAAGUGCCCUCCAAUGGAAACAUUCAUAGGUUAUUGAAUGAAAGUCCCAAGGGAGUCCCAAUGAGUUCAUCGAAAACCCAAAUUUCCUCCUCGCCCAAGUCACUGUUCCAUGACUUGUCGUGCUCCAAACUGGAUUUGGAUAAGUUGAUAGCCCAACAAAAGGAAUUGGAAGAGAAAACUGCGGCAGUGCAGGCUUCCACAAAGCUGGAUGCCUCAUUUUAUGAUGCCGAAAUUGAAAUGAUGAAUAAAUACUUGAAAAGUUUACCCGAUUACAGUGAAUUGGAUCGCAAGCUGCACAAAGAGUUUCAAGAGUGUGAGGUACUCUACGAUAAGCUGAAGAAGCGGCAGGCACCUUUGAGUAAGUCCAACUCGCAGCAGAGUGUGGCGGAUCAGCCCAAGGCAGUGUUGGCGAAACCCAUGGAGCCGUCAACACCCAUCAGCAAUGGCUUAGCCAAGUCCUCCUCCAUAAAUUUUCACAAUAAUUCCAGCUCUACCAACUUAAGCAAUGGAGUAGGAAUAGGGGGAGGUGGAGCAGGAGGAGGAGGUCAAUCAUCCCGCAUACAAUAUCCCUCCAUAUUUCAACAAAAACCCAAACUACAGCGAAGUAUAUCAAGUUCCAAUAUGCCCUAUAGCUCCUCCAUUACGGCGGCCAACCCCACUAGUCAACCCAAUUCCCCAGGCACGCCGAAAGCCAACUACUUUGAUCCCAGGCAGCAGCAGCAAUAUAUUCAUUCACAUCACCACCCCCAGCAACCCUUGCAAGAGGAGGAUAGAAACUCGAUAAUGAAUGGCUCAAAUAUGUCGCUAAACAAGCAAAACAUGAAUGAGUUCUGGUCUGACAAUCUGGCCCAAUGCCAGAAGAGGCAAACGCCCAAUCGUAGUUUGUGGAACUAUGAUAAGAUAUGCAAUCCUCCGGUGGGAGCUCCUCUCAAGGUGGAUGCCCAGACAGCCAAGAAGUUGGCCAUAUUUGAUCCCACAGUGGCUGAGGCGGCCCAAAAGGAGUUGCAAAAGCACAGCAAACCUGCGGGACAACCUAAUAAACUGCAAAAAAAUGCAUCACUCUCGCACCUGGACCUCAAAGUGAGACAGGCAGUAACCAAAGAAGAUCUCUACAAGCUGAUAUGCAAUGAGCCUCCCGCAUUAUCCUCCUCACCCAAAAGUGGAGGGGAUACAAUUUACUCCAGCAAAGUCCCCAUUAAAAUGGCUGGGCCACAAGUUCAUGCGAACGCGCCCUCUUCAACAUCUCUCAACAAAAGCAUAUCCAUGAGUCAUGUGCCCCAAGGUGUCUUAAUGUCUCAUACCCCUGCGGCGGGGGCAGUACAACAUCCCAAUGGUUUCAAUCAUCUAAGGAGAUCUUCUUCGAAAACCCAUAUACCCUGCUACAUGAAGCAUCUGCCAUCUCUAAGCCGCAGUACUUCCAAUAGUGCUAUACUAUUGCCCCCAGAACCUAAGGCAGAUCCAAACAACAAACCUUUGGCUAAACUUAACACGCCGCAUAAUCAGUCAAAUUUCACGGUGGCCAAUGCCAUGACAACAUCGGCCAUGGCAUAUGCGUCAUCACCCUCCUCACCAUCAGCUUCGACGGCAACAUCAUCAUCACCUAAAAAUAAUGAUGACAAUGUUUCGCAUCCCUUGAGAGGUCUGCUUAAGAGUCUCUCAAGUUCAAAUGUCUAUGGAGCACCUAAAUAUAGUCCAUUUGCCAGUGUCAACAGCAACCAUAGUGGCAAACAACAGCAAUUUGCGGCAUUGCAAACAAGUGAUUCAUCGCCUUUGAAACCUUUAAUAAUGUCGACUUCGCUAAUGGCCGCCAAUGCAACAGCGCCGGCGGUGGCAUCAUCAUCAUCAUCAUCUUCGGCCAAUGGGGCUGGGGCGAUUGGUGAGAAGAAAUUGGGCUCUUCCGCCUUAAAUGAUGAGAUCAUGAUGUUGCGACAACAACAGCAACAGCAACAAAAGCAACAGCCGCAAGUUGCGCAACAUGUUGCCCAACAUGCUUCUCAACAUCCCUCCAAGUCAUCAUCGAAAUUUUCAGAAUUCAAACCCAAAGAUUCCGAAAAGAUUGAGUCGCCCUCAUUGGAACGCAAAUCGGAGAAGAGCAACAGCACCAUUAGCACCAGCAGCGUUACUGUGACCAAUUGCUGUGCCACCCAUUUGCCUCAGCUAACCAAACUGACUUCCACCUUUCACAUACCGCCCGCCCAAGAUAAGGCGCUUGCCUCGAAUUCUUCAAAUCCCCCUGCCGCUGCUAUUAGUGGCACUAAUCAAGGCAGCGGGGGUCCAAGUGCAGGGUCAAAUUGUAGUGCAACAGUAACAUCAACGGCUAAUGCAGGUGCCGCCAGCGGCGUCGGCUACAAGAUCUCAAAAACCCAAAGUGUUGCCAAUUUAGAAUUGUCAAAGCGUCAGAAAGACGCCGAUAAUAAAAUCGAAAAAUGCUUCAAUGAUAUAAUAAAGAAAAAUCAACAAAAACCACUAAUGGCAUCGUCGACGACGCCAACAACGACAACAACAAUCGCAUCAACUACGACAACAACUUCUGCGCCAGUAGUGGCCGGGGCAACAUCAACAUCUUCGCCGGUGGUGAUCACAACAAAUGCCAAUUCAAAUGAAAAAGUCAAACAGGAGCCAAUAAAUAAUGAAAUGAAAUCAACGCCAGCCGCCUUGGCAAUAAAUACCGGCAAGGUUGCGGAGCAAGCCCCAGUCUCAGCAAACACUGGCAAUAACACCUCCGCAACAUCAGCUGCAGUCAAUGGGUCAAAUAUGACACCAAAUCAAUCACAAAUACCAGUGGCUGUGGGUAAUGUGAACAAGAAGAGUUACCCCUUGGGCAAAUCGAGUUCCACUUCUCAAAUACCCAUGGCCAAUUACCAAAGAUUGCUGCAACCCAUGGCGACACAGCAACAAGUUUCCCCCAAUGAGCCUUCUUUGCCAAAUCAAACGGCUAACAAUGUCCAACAGAAUUAUCCUCAACAAAAGAAAACCUUUUUGAAUUGGUCCACCUUUGCCUGCAAUACCAAUGAUCCCAAUUAUCAGCAAAAAUUGCAACAAGGCAAUGGCGCAGGUACCGCCAACAAUGUGGCCAAGAAAAUGCAACAUUUUCAACAAAAUCAGCCUCAGCAACAUGUCAACAUGUCCACCUUUAAGCCUGGCUUUUUUGUGCAAAAGUCCAAUAAGGAAAAUAAGUUUGUUAAUCAACAGCAGGGUCAGCCACAGCAGCAGCAACAUCCCUUUAUGGGCCAACAACAACAACAACAACAACCCAUACAGCAGCAACAUACCUCAGCCUUUGUUGUGUAUCCUUCAAGAAAUAAAAAUCCCUUAUCUCAUUCAGCCUCCUUUUCGGCUGUGCAAAGGCCCAUGACAGUGCAAUUGCAUUUGGGACAAUUACCAGUGGCAGCACAGCAGCAAAUACAAAAGCAGCAACAACAAUUGCACAAUAACAACUUUGGCAACAUGAUGCCGCAACAUGGUGUAGGCUCCCAGGCAGGCGGUGGGGGAGGAGAAAGAAAAGUUCUGCAAACUUUUGAUAGCUAUUAUGGCAAGGCCACAGCCGAGCAACAAAAAUACUAUCAACAAAAGGCUGCAGCCGCCGCAGCCAAUAAUGCUAAUGUUGCUAAUGCUGGGGCAGGAGGUGGCAUUACACGCUUCAUGCAGCAGCAGCAGCAGCAACAACAACAUCCGCAACAUCCUUUAAUGCAAUCGACUUCGGCGUCUGCAUUGAAUUUCUAUCAAACACAAGCACCACAUACCAAUCAAGUAUUUCAAACAAAUCAUCUGCAAUCGUCCUCACAACAACCACCGCAACAUCUUACAAAUGCACAGCAACAAGCCUAUAUGUAUCAGCAACAUGUUGCCCAGCAACAACGACAGCCCUCAGCUGCACAACAUCCGCAUGCUGCAGUGCAACAGAGUGGCUCUAUGAUUUUCACUAAUUCGAAAGCGAAUGUCAAUCUCAUGUCAAAAUCUGCCAUAGGUUUACACUAUGCAACUGAGGUGAAUUCUUUAAAGUUUUCUCUUGCGUGGUCAAAUACUCAAUCAUUGCAAACAAGUAAUUCAUCGCCUUUGAAACCUUUAAUAAUGUCGACUUCGCUAAUGGCCGCCAAUGCAACAGCGCCGGCGGUGGCAUCAUCAUCAUCAUCUUCGGCCAAUGGGGCUGGGGCGAUUGGUGAGAAGAAAUUGGGCUCUUCCGCCUUAAAUGAUGAGAUCAUGAUGUUGCGACAACAACAGCAACAGCAACAAAAGCAACAGCCGCAAGUUGCGCAACAUGUUGCCCAACAUGCUUCUCAACAUCCCUCCAAGUCAUCGUCCAAAUUUUCAGAAUUCAAACCCAAAGAUUCCGAAAAGAUUGAGUCGCCCUCAUUGGAACGCAAAUCGGAGAAGGGCAACAGCACAAUUAGCACCAGCAGCGUUACUGUGACCAAUUGCUGUGCCACCCAUUUGCCUCAGCUAACCAAAUUGACUUCCACCUUUCACAUACCGCCCGCCCAAGAUAAGGCGCUUGCCUCGAAAUCUUUAAAUCCCCCUGCCCCUGCUAUUAGUGGCACUAAUCAAGGCAGCGGGGGUCCAAGUGCAGGGUCAAAUUGUAGUGCAACAGUAACAUCAACGGCUAAUGCAGGUGCUGCCAGCGGCGUCGGCUACAAGAUCUCAAAAACCCAAAGUGUUGCCAAUUUAGAAUUGUCAAAGCAGUUCAAUGCAGAUAUUUGUGGCGAGACCCUAUCCUCUUCAACAGUUCACUCUUUGGAGGUACACAAAGAGGAGUUAAGAAAUCUAUGGCUACGUGUUAGGCCAGUUUAUGAGUCCAGUAUGAGCGAGGUCUCAAGAUCUGACGAAAAUGCAAAGGUUGAUAUUGAGACGUUGAAAGCUCGAUACCAGACUGCAUACCAGACAUAUGUUUCCAGUAUUUCUAGGAUCUGCGAGCAGAUUGAGCUCAAGAGGGCAAUUUCGACAGCAUCUUCCGCUCCAGUGGUGCAGAAUUCCGACAUAGGUCUCCAUUCUAACGUUCAUUUACCCCCUUGCGACAUUGAGGCAUUCUCCGGUGAUUAUUCCAGUUGGCCGUCAUUUCGUGAUUUAUUCACCGCUCUUUAUGUUCGGAAUGCACGAUUGUCUUCCGUGGAGAAGUUGUUUCACCUUAAUAAUAAGACUCGCGGUGAAGCACUGGAAAUUGUUCGAAAGGCUCCACUUACGAAUGAGGGGUUUGAUGUCGCAUGGGGGGCUUUACGAGCAAGAUUUGAGAAUAAGAGGCUGCUUAUAAAUACCCAGCUAAGGAUUCUCUUUAGUCUUGAAAACGCUUCUGUCGAAUCCAGUGAUUCUAUUAAGAGACUUCGAAGCGCCAUUAAUGGGGUUAUAUCUGCAUUGAGGCUGUAUGACGUUGAUAUUUCAAGUUGGGAUCCUGUAUUUGUGUAUCAUUGCAGCACGAGACUCUCAGAGACUACACUGUCACUGUGGGAACAUUCGUUGCAGGAUAAGAGGGAGAUCCCCUCUUGGAAUGAACUUGAUUCAUUUUUGACCAGCCGCUUUCAGACUUUAGAGACAGUAUCCGAUUUUAAUAGGUCAUUACCGUCCGCUAGUUCGAAUGAUAAGCCCAAGAAUCAGGCCAAGAGUAACAUUCCGAAACGUGUGGGCUCAUAUCAGAAUAGUUUGGCUCCUCCAGUUUGCAAGCUUUGCCCAGAUGAACGUCACACUAUUCGAUUGUGUCCACGCUUUAUUUCUAUGAAUUAUUCUGAUCGAUUGUCGUGUAUAAAAAAGUACAAAUUGUGCUUAAAUUGCUUCUCGAAGGCUCAUGGGGUUAGGGAUUGCAAGAGUGCUUAUAACUGUGGUGAGUGUCAGAGAAGACACAACACUCUUCUUCAUAGAGAUGUGCCUGAGCCGGUCCAAAAUGCCCCUCCAGCCGAGGAUCCCACCGUGGGGGACAAUACAUUGCAGGUUCAGUCUUGUGCCGCGACUCGCAUUAACAUGGUUCUCUUGGGAACGGUGGUAGUUAAUAUUGUCUAUAAUGACGAGAUUUUCCCUGCACGGGCCUUGAUAGAUUCGGGUUCCGAGGCAUCCUUCAUCUCUGAGAAACUUUUUAAUCAAUUACGGUUACCCUCUAAAUUCGCUUCCACCAAGAUAUUUGGUUUGAAUGGGACUACUUCGGCUCAAUCCAAAAGAAUGUGUUCGUUGACCAUCGGAUCUCGAUUUGAUGCCGAGGUAGUCAUUGAGGCAACGGCCAUAGUUAUUCCACAUCUCACAUCGGCUUUGCCCACUUUUGGUGUUGAACGGGGAAUAUUUUCAUCACUUCCCGAUUUGCGACUUGCUGACCCGGAGUUUUACAAGACCUCACAUAUAGAUAUGUUACUGGGUGCUGACUUGAUUCCGUUUAUCAUGCUGGGUGGAGUUCGGCGUAACGUAUGCGAUUCACUUAUAGCUCAGGAGACGGUGUUCGGAUGGAUUUUGACUGGCCCGGUCAAGUUGUCUCCGAUUAGCUCCUUUAACGCCCGUGUCUCCUUUUUCAAUGGGGCUUCCUUGGAUAGGCAGAUAUCUAGGUUUUGGGAGGUGGAAGACCUUCCCAGACAUAGAGAGAUGAGUCCAGACGAUUUCAUAUGCGAAGAGAAUUACAAGAAUACGACUAGAAGGGACUCCUCCGGACGUUAUAUUGUAUCUCUUCCAUUCAGAGAGGGGUUCCCCCACUCCCUUGGCUUGGGACACUCCCGAAAGUUGGCGGUAGCCCAGUUUCUUCGGAGUGAGAAGCGUCUUCUUGGAACGCCCGAUGUUAAGGCUCAGUAUGACGCUGUUGUUAAUGAGUAUCUUGAGCUGGGACAUAUGAGGGAGGUAUGCCAGGAUCCGGAAUUAGGUUAUUACCUUCCUCACCACGCGGUGUUUCGUCCAGAGAGUUCGUCUACGAAGAUCCGAGUAGUGUUUAACGCUUCAAGCCCGACUAGCAAUGGACGAAGCUUGAAUGACGUUUUGCUCAGUGGGCCAUCCUUGCAGCUCGAUUUGACCCUGUUACUCCUACAGUGGCGUUUCUUCCGCUAUGUUUUUAACUGUGACAUCGAAAAGAUGUACCGCCAAAUUCUGGUGGAUAAUGAACACACACGCUUUCAUAGGAUUGUCUUUCGUGACUCGCCCUUGAAUGCCAUUAGAGAAUACGAAUUGAAGACAGUCACGUUUGGGGUCAAUUGUGCUCCAUAUCUUGCGAUACGCACGCUCCUGCAAUUGGCUGAAGAUGUGGGUGAGAUCUAUCCUAUAGCCAGCCACAUUUUGAGGACAUGCAUGUAUGUCGAUGACGUUUUGGCUGGCGCUCACGAUAUUGAGGAGGCUAUGGAGGCUCAACGUCAACUGAUAGGGGCACUUGAAUCCGCAAAAUUCUCCCUAAGAAAAUGGACUUCGAAUUCCGCUACCUUCCUACGAAACAUUCCGAAGGAGCAUCUUUUGAACGGAGACUUUCUUCAACUCGAGGAUAGAAGCACUGCGAAGACUUUGGGAGUGCGCUGGAAUGCCAAGUCCGAUUCUUUUUAUUUUUCCGUUGAGAGAUUGAGUAUUCCUUCCCAUCCCACUAAACGGCAGGUCCUUUCGGAAAUAUCGAAGCUUUUCGACCCUGCGGGGUGGUUGUGUCCUUUUAUUGUUUUGGCCAAGUUACUAAUGCGGGACAUUUGGGUUUCAGGAAUUGACUGGGACGAUAAGUUGUCCCCUUCACUUCUCGCGAAAUGGCAGGACUUUUCCAAUAAUUAUCCAAGUAUAGAGCAGAUUGUGAUUCCACGUUGGAUAGACUAUUCUCCGGAGUUUGAUGUCCAAAUUCAUGGGUUUUCUGACGCUUCCGAGAAAGCGUAUGCCGCUGUGGUUUACAUUCGUGUUGAAUCACCAUCCGGUGUGGUAACGACACAUCUUCUGACGGCAAAAUCUCGUGUAUCUCCUCUCAAGACAUUGUCGAUUCCUAGAUUGGAGCUUUGUGGGGCCGUUCUACUCGCUGAGACAAUUUCUUCACUUGCAGGUCAUAUUCCAAUUCAAGACUUUAAAGUCUUCUGCUGGACUGAUUCGAUGAUAGUCCUUGCCUGGCUCAAGAAGCCGGCAUUUCAUUGGAAGACUUUUAUUGCCAAUCGAGUUUCGAAAAUUUCUGAGCUUCUGGUAUAUCCGGAGGAAUACAGAUGCUUAUCAAGAAAGGAAGUCAUUAAAACGUCCAGUUCUCUAUCCAACCUCAAUCCAUUUUUGGACACAAAUGGCGUUUUAAGAAGAAAAAAUAUGGCCACCGCAUUUCUCAAUCGUUUCCAAAGAGAAAAAAGUGAAAAACAUCCUCUCCUAACAAAAGAUACAAAUAAAGAGCAAAAGAGAGUUACCAAUGUUACAGAGAAAGAACCCGGAAGUAACUCUGCUGUAGCAAAUGAUCUCAAAAUCGAAGAGAAUGCAAAUUCGAAUUCGGAUGACUUGACAAACUCUUCGUCCACAACAGGCGAAGGCAAACCCUUGAGACGAAGAUCAUAUGUUUUUGCUACUCUUAAAGAUGCCAUUUCUUUGGUAAAUGGUGAUGAGCAAGGGGCCUCCACAGCAGCAGCAGCAACAACAACAUCACCUACAGCCACGAAAAAAUCUAUGGCCAGCUCUACUGCCGUUAGCCAGGAAAAAGAGAACAACAGUAAAGAUAAGAAUGAAGAGAAGCUGGAUACCCUGGCAGACUUGACGGCGAGCUCACAGACUAAACCGCGCCAGCAGCGCCGUUAUAUGCGUAGUGCGACAGCGGCCAGUGUAACGCAGUUGUUGUCCGAUGGUUGCAAUAGUCUGUUGCAAAGAUUUCGGCGUAAUCCAAGCGAACGACCCGAACAAAAAUUGCAAACGCAGCAGCAGCAGCAGCGGGAGCGCGAGCGCGAAAAACAACAGCAGCAACAACAACAACAGCAGCCAGCGCAACAACAAAAAACAAAUCGUGAAUUUAAAUUCUUUCGUGAUCGACGCAGUCACAGCAAAACUCCCUGCAACAAAAAGGAAAAACGUCGCAAUUCUCGCCGUUACUCCAAAGAGAGCGGCGACUCUGCCUAUCAGAAGAACGACGGCGAAUCGUCGUCGUUGUCUGGCCAAUCUUCCUCGCGUUCCUCCAAAACACCCACCAACAACUCGAUGAGUGAUCGUUAUCGUUACAAUCGUUACUAUGGCGGUGGCCUGGGCACCUCGGCGACUUCAGCGAAUCUAUAUGAUCCCUCGCUCAGCACAGGUGGUCGCUAUCAGAAAAGUUCCACCACAGCUGUCUCAGCCUUGGAUCGUUUGCGUUCAAAUCUAAGUCCCUUAUCAUCCUACUACAAUCCCUUGAUGCGAACAUUUAGUCGUAAAGAUCAUGAUAGAGAUAAAACUCCCGUGGCCUCAACAUCAGGAGCCGGUAGCAAAAGUUCAGCUUUGUCUCGUUUCGAAAAUAAAUAUUCCGAUAUUAUAGAUCGUGUAACGCGUCGAGGUGAUCGUGACAAAACUCUAGAGCCAAAUGAGAGCUACAAUCCAUUGGCCCGUUCGGCCACCACACAUGCCCUAAUGAUGGCGGCUACCAAACCAAAAUUGUCCUCCAGUUCUUUCAAUGCUGCCGAUCGCAAGGAGCGCACCCCCUAUAGACUGCAAAAAAAUAAAUCCCGCUAUUUGGGUGAUUCAAAUGACAGUGGCUAUUUGACCACAGCCAGUCUGACAAAUGGGCGGGCCAAUGAUAACGCACUGUUGGAUGACAACUAUCCCCUGGAUUAUGGAGCUUCAAGGUAUACAUCAGGGGCGCGCAAUAAUAACUAUGAUCAUCGCUAUCACGAUGAGUAUAAUCCUAGCACUUCACGCUACAAUCGUACCGGUGAAUAUGCCUCAAGUUAUAAACCACGCAGUGGUUUAGACUAUAGUAAUUAUUAUGAUGGUUCCCGCUUAGGCCCACGCACUCGCAACGAUGACUUGGAUCAUCUGCUGACAGCAGCGGCAGACAAUGCCUCCGCCAGUGGCAGACGCCAAAAUGCCUAUGGACGCAAUAAAACCAGCGAUAGUCUUAUCUCGGCCGAAGGUGAGGCCAUGGCUGCCGGCAGGCCCCGCUAUGAGCCGCCACCUGAUGAUACCUCACAAAGUCAUGCAACGAAUUCGCGCAAUCGCUUUGCCCACAAACGUGCACAAAUGACUUCGGUGGGUUCUUCCACUCACCGUCCAACCACCACCAAUCAAGAGUUGACGGCUGAAGAAUUGGAAAUUCUAAACGAUGAUCGUUCUUCGGCCGAUAAUGCAGCCAUUCUUUUGGCCUUGCGCGAUGAUGGUCAAUAUUUGGAGGCCAAAAAAUAUGAGGAACGCAUGCGCACACGCACCGAACUGAAAGAGCGCAUGACGCGCUAUGCCCAGGAGGCGGAGAAGGCCAGAGAGCUGCAAAAAUUGCAAGAGGAACAAGAAAAGUCGCUAAAGGAACAAAUGGAGAAACAUGAAAAGGAAUUGGCUGCCAAAAAAGCCAGCAAACCAGAGGAGCCUAUGAACAAUGGCAAAGUAGCGGAGGAGGAGCAAAAGAGCAAAGCCAAGAAGACCCGAGACAAAAAAGUAACUAUCCAAGAAGAUUCGGACACUGAUAGUUCCUCAGAGGAAGAUGAGGAUGAUGAUGAAUCGGAUACCAGUUCUGAGGAUGAUGAAGAUAAUAGCACGAGAGAGAAUGUUACUAACAACAACACAAGCACCGCUAUAGCAAAGACACAAACCGUCCCCGAUACUACCACUACCACUACCACUACUACUAAAAUAGCAAACACCACCACCAUCCCUUCUACCACCAACACAACUAAACCCAAAGAUCAAACAGAUUCAAGCACUAGUAGCGCCUCCUCCUCCACUAAUCAUUUGACCAGUGACAAAAAUAACAACGACCUCUCCAAGUAUAGACCCCAGCCCAUGCCCAGCACUUCCCAUCUGCCCUCUGGCCUUAUGCACUCAUCCAGUUCGGGAGCUUUGGCCUUUGGUGGCAUUAGUGAACGUUUGGGGGCAGCCAGCCGUAAUCAAAAACCCUUCUCCAAUGCGGCUACUUCACGUACAGCUGCUGUGCUCAGUGAAUUUGAGAAUUCCAAUGCAACCAACUCCAACUCCACGUCCACCUCUGCCACUAACACUAACUCCAAUCGUUAUCCGGGUAUCAAUAGAGAUCGUUAUGGUUUGGCUGAUAAUUUGACUUCGUCCUCAUAUAAAACUUCCAACUUUUAUGAUCCUUAUACAUCGGCUUAUACUGCUGCCUCUGGUGUGGGCAGGCGUACAGGUGCUGCAGCAGCCGGGGCAGCUGCGGGCGGCAGCUCUUAUCAUCGCCAACUUUUGGCCUAUCAACAGCAGCAGCAACAGCAGCUACAACAACAACAGCAGCAUCUCUAUCAACAGAAUAUGUUGAUGAAGAGUGCCACCGCCUCGUCUCUAUUUCAUAGGUCACGCAUUCCAAAAACCUAUUCGUCUUUUACAGCAAAGCCCGUCAUACAAGAUGAUAGUGAUGGCCACUUGAUUUAUCGUUCUGGCGAUAUACUUCAUCACAGAUAUAAAAUUAUGGCAACACUGGGCGAAGGCACAUUUGGUCGUGUUGUCAAAGUCAAGGAUAUGGAAAGGGACUAUUGCAUGGCCUUAAAGAUUAUCAAGAAUGUGGAAAAAUACCGUGAAGCAGCUAAAUUGGAAAUUAAUGCUUUAGAGAAAAUAGCACAAAAGGAUCCAAAUUGUGAACACUUGUGCGUUAAAAUGAUAGAUUGGUUCGAUUAUCACGGACACAUGUGCAUUGCCUUUGAAAUGUUAGGUUUGAGUGUUUUCGAUUUCUUGCGUGAGAACAACUACGAACCCUAUCCAUUGGAGCAAGUUCGACAUAUGGCCUAUCAAUUGUGCUAUUCUGUGAAAUUUUUACAUGAUACUCGUUUAACGCACACAGAUUUAAAACCUGAAAAUAUUCUCUUCGUUGAUUCGGAAUAUACCACACACUAUAAUCAUAAGAUCAAUCGUGAAGUGAGACGUGUCAAAAAUACCGAUGUUCGUCUAAUCGAUUUUGGUUCGGCCACAUUUGAUCACGAACAUCAUAGUACCAUAGUAUCGACGCGCCAUUAUCGUGCGCCUGAAGUUAUACUCGAAUUGGGCUGGUCACAGCCUUGUGAUGUGUGGUCUAUUGGCUGCAUUCUCUUUGAAUUAUAUCUGGGCAUUACCCUAUUCCAGACCCAUGACAAUCGUGAACACUUAGCCAUGAUGGAACGUAUCUUAGGACAAAUACCAUAUCGCAUGGCACGCAACCAUGUUCUUUACAGCAAAACCAAAACAAAGUACUUCUAUCAUGGUAAGUUGGACUGGGAUGAGAAAUCAUCGGCCGGACGUUAUGUGCGCGAUCAUUGUAAGCCAUUGUUCCGAUACCAAAUGUCUGAUGCAGAGGAUCACUGUGAAUUGUUUGAUCUUAUUAAGAAAAUGUUGGAAUAUGAACCAUCACAGCGUGUUACGUUAGGUGAAGCACUACGUCAUCCAUUCUUUGACAAACUCCCACCGCAUCAUCGUUUGGGUGAUGCAGCCAUCAAAACAAUGCAACCCGCCUCAUCAGGUAGCAGCAGCCGCGAACGUUCUCACAGCUUAUCAAGAUGAGAAUUGGCACGAUUUGGUUAUUAUUAAUUAAUAACAAAUAACAUUUUUUUAAAACAAAUAACACAAACAAAAAGCCAAUCUAUACACAUCCACAUACAACCAACCAAUCAUACAUACACACCAAUCCCUUAGUACUUUCUUUUUUUUUGUUUAAA